CUGGUGGCAGCUGCAGCAGGAAAUCUGGGCUAGGCCCAGCGGGUGCGGCGCGGGAUCCCAUCCCAGUCCCCGUCCCCACCGAGUGAUCCCUGGACCAUGGACGCAGCAGAGCCGGGACUCCCCCCAGCUCCUGAGAGCAGGAAGAGGUAUAGUGACAUCUUCCGAAGCCUGGACAACCUUGAGAUCUCACUGGGGAACGUGCCCCUUGAGAUGCUGGCUGGAGACCCUGAACUUUCAGGAGACCCAGAGCUGGACAAGACCCCCACAGCCACUGUGGCCAAUGAAACCAGUCAAUGGAGUGGCCCCUCCCUGGAGGGUCCUGCACCCCUUACAGGGGAGGAACUGGACUUGAGGCUCAUUCGGACCAAGGGUGGUGUGGACGCAGCCUUGGACUAUGCCAAGACCUGGAGCCGCUAUGCAAAGGAGCUGCUGGCCUGGACGGAGAAAAGAGCCAGCCUUGAGCUGGAGUUUGCCAAAAGCGUUAUGAAGAUCGCCGAGGCUGGCAAGGUGUCAAUUCAACAGCAGAGCCACAUGCCACUGCAGUACAUCUACACCCUGUUUCUGGAUCACGACCUCAGCCUGGGAGCCCUGGCCUUGGAGACGGUGGCCCAGCAAAAAAGAGACUACUACCAGCCCCUGGCCGCCAAACGGACUGAGAUUGAGAAGUGGCGGAAGGAGUUCAAGGAGCAGUGGAUGAAAGAGCAGAAGCGGAUGAAUGAGGCGGUGCAGGCCCUGCGGAGGGCCCAGCUCCAGUAUGGACAGCGAAGCGAGGAGCUGCGGGUGCGCUCCCAGGCAUCCCUGGAGGACCUAGCCCCCCAGAACUCUCUGGGACCCAGCAAACAGCAAGAGAGGCGGCGGCGCUCUCGAGAGGAGGCCCAGGCCAAGGCACAGGAGGCAGAGGCGUUGUACCACGCUAGUGUCCGUGAGGCCAAUGCGAGGCAGCAGGACUUAGAGGCCACUAAGCAACGAAUUGUGUCGCACAUACGCAAGCUGGUGCUGCACGGGGACGAAGUGAUGAGGCGGGUGACCCUGGGACUGUUCCACCUGCGAGGAGCUCAAGCAGAGCGUGGUCCCCGUGCCUUUGCCGCCCUGGCUGAGUGCUGUGCGCCCUUCGAGCCGGGCCAGCGCUACCAGGAGUUCGUGCAAACACUGCAGCCAGACCCUCUGCCACCCCCACCACCUGCCUUCUCUUUCCAGGAAUUUGUUCCUACCCCACACAGCUCCCCUCUGGACACAAGAAAAAAGCUCUCCGGCCCCCCACCUCCACGGUUGGAUGAGAGUGUAGCUGAACCAGGCCCUUGGGAGGACACAGGCAUAGGCUGGCAGGGGACUCCAGGCCCCACUCCAGGCAGCGAUGUGGACAGCGUGGGAGGUGGCAGUGAGUCUCGAUCCCUGGACUCUCCCACUUCCAGCCCAGGCCCUGGCACAAGGCGGCUGGCGAAGGUCUCAUCCACAGGCACUGAGUCUUCAGAUGACUUUGAGGAGCGAGACCCUGACCUGGGAGAUGGACUUGAGAAUGGGUCAGGCAGCCCCUUCAGGAAGUGGACACUGUCCAGCGCAGCCCAGACCCACCGGCUGCGGAGGCUGAGGGGCCCAGCCAAGUGCCGAGAGUGUGAGGCCUUCAUGGUCAGCGGGACCGAAUGUGAGGAGUGCUUUCUGACCUGCCACAAGCGCUGCCUUGAGACUCUGCUGAUCCUCUGUGGACACAGGCGGCUCCCAGCCCGGACAGCCCUCUUUGGGGUCGACUUCCUGCAGCUGCCCAGGGAUUUCCCAGAGGAGGUGCCCUUUGUAGUCACCAGGUGCACGGCAGAGAUAGAACAGCGCGCUCUGGGUGUGCAGGGCAUUUAUCGGGUCAGCGGGUCCCGGGUCCGUGUGGAACGGCUAUGCCAGGCUUUUGAGAAUGGCCGAGCAUUGGUGGACCUGUCGGGGAACUCACCUCAUGAUGUCUCAAGUGUCCUCAAGAGAUUCCUCCAGGAGCUCACUGACCCCGUGGUUCCCUUCCACUUCUACGAUGCCUUCAUCUCUCUGGCUAAAACCCUGCAUGCUAACCCUGGGCAUGAGCCUGGGAACCCCAGUCCCAGCCCUGAGGUUAUUCGCUUGCUGAAGACCCUCUUGGUGCAGCUGCCUGGCUCUAACUACAACACCCUGCGGCACAUGGUGGCUCAUCUGUUCAGGGUGGCUGCACAGUUUGAGGAAAACAAGAUGUCUGCCAACAACUUGGGCAUUGUGUUUGGACCAACGCUGCUGCGGCCACCAGACGGUCCUGGGACAGCUGGCACUGGCUCUGUUACCUGCCUCCUGGACUUCGGGUACCAGGCCCAGCUUGUCGAGUUCCUCAUAGUGCACUAUGAACAGAUCUUUGGGAUGGAUGAGCUCCCCCUGGCCACUGAGCUUCCGCCUCAAGACCCCAGUCCGACCCCUGGGCCCCUCACAACCAGCACCCAGCCACCACCCCCAUACCUUGCCCCAGAUCCCCUGCUCCCAACCCUACCGUCAGACCCAGACCCAGACCCAGACCCUGAGCCCUACAGUGCCCUGGAAAAGCAUCCUGAGGCCAUGCCCACCGAGAUUCUAACUCCACAGAGUGACCAGAGAGAGGAAGUGGCCAAAGACACCAAAGACGAGAGAGGGGAAGUGUCCAGCCACGGCCCUGAGGACUCACUCCUGGGGACACAGUCCCGUGGCUACUUCAGCCGCCAGCCAGUAAAGUAUCCCCGGGGAGGAGUGCGGCCUGUCACCCACCAGCUGUCCAGCUUGGCCCUAGUGGCUUCCAAAUUGUGCGAGGAGACCCCUGUCACAUCAGGGCCCCAAGGGAGCUUGAGGAGGAGGGGACCAGGCCCUGCUGCUGCCUCCCCUGAGAGCAGCCCCCUGCGCCGCACCCCACUGCCCAAGCAUUUUGAGAUCACCCAGGAGACAGCCCGGCUACUCUCCAAGCUGCACAGAGAGGAUGUGCCCAAGGCCACCUGCCACCCGGAGGACCCUCAGCCUGAGGAUGAGGAAGCCGAGGACCAUCUCUGACCAUCCUAGCACUCUGAACAAAUGGCCCAGGACUGAGGAGAUAGACUCACUCCUUCUCGAGAGUUCAAUGUUGGGGGUUCUAAGAGUUCCUAUAAGGAAAAACUGCACAGCCUGGCAGAUUAGAACCCUUUUUGGGGCAAUCUACCAGAACACCCAACUAGACACAGGUUACUGCCAAGCAUCAGGGCCACUCAGGUUCAGAGGUCAUCAGGGUCAAUACUCAGGUUCAGUACAGGCCACAGGAUCCUUGGAGUCCACCCUAGUCUCUGACCUCUUGGACAGGGGUACCUUUUUGCUACUUUGGUUUAUGGCCAUUUCCCCACCUCCGCCCACCUUCUUAGCUGACCCCAAGUGCCCAGAUCUGGGAGUGGGGGAGUUACAGCCCAGACACAUCCUGGUGGUGCCUGGGGUCUGAUGGCCUCUGAAUAAACUGUGUCUUUAUGUCCUUGAGUGUCUUUCUUUGCCAGGUGAGGGCAGCAGCAUCUGGCCCUAUUUCACCCAUCAGGGACACCAGGGCCUCCUUUCUCAGCACCUAUAGGCAGUUGGGUGGCCCCGGAGCUGAGUCACGCCGCCCGGCCCUGCGGGAGCUCUCGUCCCGGACGCAGUCCUGCCUGAUCAAAUAUAACAAAGUGCAGAU